AUGGAUAAUAUGGAUCAAUCCCCCUUUUCAAUAUUUCCAAAUGAAGUGCUGGCAAUUCUCUUGAAAAAUUUAAGUCCCAUGGAUAUCAACAACUUGCUGGCCAUAGAUCCAAUAGCUAAAAAACUACAUCAAUUCAUUGUAUUAUUCAAAGACACAGAAAUGACAAAAUUUUUCAAUAAUGUUCCAUCAGAAUUAUGCUAUGAGAUCGGGGAGAAAACCGAUUUGCUUGAAGAUAUCAAAAUUCCAAGAAUUGGUUUAGUUCAAUUGUUUGAAAUAACGAACCUGAAUAAAUUCAGAGAGGAUGUUUCUUUUCGUGAAAUGAACGAAAAAACUACCAAAAUUCUCGUGUUAGUGAAAGAUUAUGUUCAAGAUCAGUACUUCAAUUCUUUCGAACUUGGACACCCAGAUUAUUACGCUUUAUUUUCUUUAAUGUCAGAUCAAAGGUCGAUAGGAUCAAGAUUCUUUAAUCAAGUGUGUGUGAUUCAUCUCAAGUCAUUUAUGUUGCAUCGACUGGUACUGGAUCCCUCAUCAUUUCAUAUGCCCAAUAUUCAAAAACUUGAAAUUGAUAAUUGUUUCACUGCAAAUUCAAAAGUGAAGUUUGAUUUCAAGUUUCUGCAAAAUUUACUAAUUAGUGGAAAAUAUAGUUCAAUAUCAGAGUCAAUAGACUUCCAAAAUAUUAAAACUUUAGAAUUUGUUGAAGUCGGAGAUAUAAGUUUGACAAAAUUAGCGUUCAACAAUUUAGAGAGUCUACGUAUAAAUAGUAUUUAUGAUCCAGAUCCAGAUCCCGAUGUGUCAGAUGAACCAGAACCAGUUAUUAAGAUCAGCUGGUGUAUGUUUCCUAAGUUACGUUAUGUUGACUUUGAUGUUCAGGGGGAAAUAGAUAUCAAUAGAUUGGUCUCCUCAAAUUUAUCAUCCAUGAUUAUAAAGACAUAUCGAUUAUUUUUCAGAGACUCAAAGAUGAAGAAAGUCCAAUAUAUUGAACUCACAUCCAACAGGUUUCCUAUAUUCAAGAACGUUGAGGCUGAAAGCUUGAAACAUAUAUAUAUUAAUGUUGAUGAGAUCAGUGAAACUUCGACAGAUUACGAAUUUUUUAAACAAUCACCAAGUUUAUGGGUAGACAGACAUCCAAUUCACUUCUUAUCAAAUCUUGGAACUUUCGAUAAUUUUGAAUAUUUUGGAGCUAAAUUAAAAUAUGAAGAUCGUUCAAGUCUAGUGGGUAUGAAAGCUUCAAAUUUUCGAACUGCAGAAUUGACUCUUCCUGGGUGGCAUUUCAAGUUCAUUCCAAAAUUAAAUGCCCCAUUUUUAAAGAGUUUGAAGGUUAAUAUCAAUACUUUGAAAACUUUGGAUAAUAUGAGAUUCGAUUACCCAAAUCUAGAAGAUCUUAGCUUGAAUUUUUUCAAUUCUCAUGUGCGUAUCAAUGGUUGGGUUUACCCAAACUUGAAAAACUUACAAAUUGAUCUAACCAAUAAACCAAUGGAUUUUAUUGGAUUCCUUCCAAAUUUGGAAACAUUUUGUGUUACGAGACAUCCAAACCUUGAAGAAAUGGAAGAUUUUGACCCGCACAUAUCUAUUAAUCUCACAGCUCCUGAAUUAGUGACAUAUGUUUUAAAUGAAGUCCAAAUCGAUUCAUUAAAUCUAAUGAAUUUUCCAAAAUUAAGAACGAUUUCUGCCAAAAGUGCAACAAAUAUAAUUGGUGGUGAUCUUAAUUCGUUACAAAAGCUAGAUGUAUUAGACUCUGAAGUUCAACUACUCAAAUUAAGGGCGCCAAAUUUGGAGUGUAUCAAUGCAUCGCAUACAUCAUUUAAAUCUUAUCAACUUGAUUCUGGAUUGAAUUUGCCACUUGAGACAAAAAGGGGAAGAUUUGGACUUGCUUAUAAUCCUAAUUUACCAAAAGUUAAGGACAAUGUUGAUCCAUAUAUGAAAACACAUUUAGACAAAAUUUGUGGAAGUGUUCUAUUGAUGGAAGAUUAUAUUGAUAAUCAUUCUGAGUACAAAACUUAUGCAUUUAACGGAACAUUAAGAAAACAACACCCUAAUACAUCUAUUCGGCCUAUUAUCUUACUUGAUGAUUAA